AUGCCUUCACUCCCCCCAUUCGCGCCGCCUCUGGCUGAUGCCACACCGAUACGUCUUACUUCUAUACGACAUCCAGCAUACCCUGAUACUGAGCUGCCAUUGCUACGGCUGGCUGCAAUAGACGGCGAAAGCCAUGGUCUCGACCAUCAAUUUGCCCUCACCGUCUGUGGCAUUCUGACAGGCAACAGUUGGACGACUGGCUACUUGGCCACAAAAAAUGCGGAUGGAACCUUUUUGAGGAUUGAACGGCAAGCGAAUGACAUAUUGCUAGACAGCACAUAUUACUAUCUGCUGUCUACGCACGACAGCAGUUACAAAUACCCCGUUACUCUGUCUUUUCAACACUACCGUUUUCCCCAUGGUGAUCUGCCAAGCUUCUGGGACAAUGUUCAGAUACCUAAUCUUACUGCCCCAAUACGCGUCAAUGGAAAGGUGGCGGCUUUGGUGAGGGAUGGCACAUGCCGUGUAACGGCUUGGGCAACCGCGCUUGAGGUUGCACACCUUGUGCCGUACUCUGAGGAGAAAUGGUUUCUCUCCAACGGCAUGAACAGGUUUGCCACCCGAGUUAGAAUUGUUUUGCCUGGUCUAACACAAGCAAGAUACUGCACUACAUCGUCUAGUUCUAAGCCAACAGAGGACCGGAAAAACCUUAUAACCUUGACAAGGGAUCAGCAUUAUCAUUUCGAUCACCGCCACUACACGAUUGUACCAUCCCAGGAUGAAGAUAGCACAAGCCUCGAGCUUCGCGUUCUUGACCCAGGUAGCGAUGAGCAGCUCAUCCCUAACUACCAUACACGAACAUUACAACCUAUAACCGAUAUAUCUGUUGAGUUUCUUCACGCGCGUCUGGCUUGGUCAAUAUUUUGCGACUCUAUAUUCCCAUUCUUCAAGGGAUCAGCUGAAUACGAAGCCUUAGUCUUUAUUGCGGACAAAGGCGGAUGCGAAACUGUCAAACUUCGAUCCUUGGAGGUGCCUGCACGAAGUCGGAGUGUCAGCCCGAGAAAACGGAAAGUCCGCGAUGUUGAUGCUGACGCUUGGUCCUCGGCUGGCGAAAGUUGGAGCUCGCAAGAAGAUUCUUUAUCGAGCGACGAUAGUUUACAUAACGGAACUUAG